AAUGACAACCAUUUUCACAACUUCCCGUUUUCUGCUAAAAACCCUGAAACUCACCUCACAUUCAAACGCCGUUAAUCUCAGAAGCUUCCGUUUAUCAGCAAUGAACACUUCAGCUAUGGCUUCCAGUAACGGUAACGGCGGCGUAGUUCGCUUUCCAUUAUCUUCAUCCAACGCUUUGAUCAUUCAGAAAGGUGAUAUCACCAAAUGGUCCAUCGAUGGUUCCACUGAUGCAAUUGUAAAUCCUGCAAAUGAGAGAAUGCUUGGAGGUGGUGGUGCAGAUGGAGCCAUACAUAGGGCUGCUGGUCCAGAUCUUCUUAGAGCAUGCCGGAAUGUUCCAGAAGUCAGGCCUGGAGUUCGCUGCCCAACAGGGGAAGCAAGGAUCACACCAGGUUUCUUGCUGCCUGCUUCUCAUGUUAUUCAUACUGUUGGCCCAAUCUACGAUGUUGAUAGUAAUCCUGCUGCCUCUCUGGCAAGUGCUUACAGGAAUAGUUUGAGGGUUGCAAAAGAGAACAACAUUCAGUAUAUAGCAUUCCCAGCCAUAUCAUGUGGUGUUUACGGAUACCCUUACGAUGAAGCUGCUACCGUAGCAAUUUCUACCAUCAAAGAAUUCCAAAAUGACUUCAAGGAGGUCCACUUCGUUCUCUUCAUGUCUGAUAUUUAUGACACAUGGUUAAAUAAAUCGGAUGAAUUGCUGAAAUAUUAGUGUAUCCUCUCAGUUAUCAGUUCACAGAAUUGAAGACCGAGGUCGUUCAGACUAGUGCAAGAAAAUAAUUAUAACAUUUCAGAUGUUCUCUUGUAAGGAAAAUAUGUAAGCUUAAUUGCACCCUACUAGAUGUCAUGAUCUUGUCUUCAAUGUUAGAGUGAUUUGCUAUAGUAUUCUAUAGAUAUGAGACUGGAAUUGUAAAUGACAUCUAUCUAUAGCCUACUCUACUUUGGUGUUCAUGGAGUUUCAGGAUCCAUUUUCAUUUGUCAAAAAAAGGAUCCAUUUUUAUUCAAGUUUAGUGCUUAUGUUUUGUAAAAUAAAAGACAAAAUUACUUUCAGGGUUCUUUAAGUUAUUUUGUUGUAGCA